AUGGGUAAAGAACUUCAACGGUGUCUUGCCCCAAUUACAGACGAGAAAAUAAGGGAUUAUGAUGUAUCCAUGGAUGUUGUAUCCAAUGACCGUGGUGGAAUGUUCUUUCUAUAUGGUCAUGGUGGAACGGGAAAUACAUUUCUCUGGAAAACUCUUUCGGCUGCAGUCCGUUCCAAGGGAGAGAUUGUAAUUAAUGUUGCAUCAAGUGGUAUAGCAUCGCUAUUGCUCCUCGGUGGAAGAACAACUCAUUCUAGAUUUGAACUUCCCAUAAAUGUACACGAGACUUCCACCUGCAGCAUAAAGCAACAAAGUCCACAAGUGGAGUUGAUGAUUGGGGCUAAGCUUAUUACAUUGAAUGAGGCUCCUAUGAUGCAUAUGAACUGUUUUGAAGCGCUUGACAAGACAAUGAAGUCAAUAUUACAGGUAGACAAACCGUUUGGAGGUAAGGUGGUUGUUCUUGGAGGAGAUUUUAGUUACCAGUUGUACUCAAAGCAUCAAGGCAGGACAUAG